AAUCAGGGAGGGGAGGGAGGGGAGGAGGUGAACCGGGUGUUUCUCUCAGCUGCCUGCCGGUCUGGUUGCUGUUGGUAACUUUGCUUGAUGAGAUCAGAGGGGAUCGGCUUUCAGCCCUUCAUGUCUCUCCCUCUCUCUCUCUCCCCCUCUCUCUCCCCUCUCCGCUCACCCUCGCUCUCUUGGAAAGACUGAAGGGGAACUGAAACGGGAGCGGGGCUGAAAGUCUGUUAGGAGCUGUAGUUGUCAGUGGCCGUGACGACGCUGCCUUGGAAACACACGUUAGAGUUGGAGUGUUGUCGGGGGAAGGUGGGGGGGGUGAGGAAGAAGUGAUAGCCUCAGGACAGAUAAGCUCCAGGGAGGGAAAAGAGGGAGGGAACAAGGGAGGAGGAGGGAGAGGAAGAGGUGGGCAGCCCUCUGAGGAAAGAGGGAGUCUCUCUCUUUCGGUCUCAGACAGACUUGCUGGCUGCUGGUCUUCUCUUCCUCCCGUCUGCUCGGGCUCUUUCGCUGCCGGCAGCUGGCUGGAGGAGUUUAACUGUGUUGUGGCUGCUGUCUGGAUUUGAACAUGGACUCAGGCUGAACAGCUUCAUACAGCGAGGCAUGAGACGAGCCACUGGAGAUUCACUGAGCGGCACCCACUCUGUCUUUCUGAAGACAUUUGUGGUAUGAAACCAGAUCACACACGUCUUUCAUUCAUCACCUUCAUCUCCCUCCACCACUCUCCAGUUAAUAACUCUCUCUCAGCUCCACCGCAUUGAUGAGGUAACGUUGAGUUCCACGCAGCGCAGCACCCACCUGCACAAACACCACCCUCUCCCCCUUCACCCUCCCUUCCCCUUCCUUUCUGUCAACCCUUCCAUCGCAACCAUGGGUCAGAAGAUUUCUGGUGGCAUUAAAUCGGUAGAUGGUCGUGGGGAAAGCGGUGGCUCCCCAUCAUACCGGCCCUCAGCUCAUCGCCGGCAGCACCCGGAGCUGAGGGGCCCAGAUUUCUCCAAACCUCCUCGGCUGGAUCUCCUGCUGGACAUGCCAUGCUCUGGACUAGAGACCCAGCUACGUCACGCAUGGAAUCCAGAUGACCGCUCGCUCAACAUCUUCAUCAAAGAGGACGAUAAGUUGACAUUUCACCGCCACCCAGUUGCUCAGAGCACGGACUGCAUCCGGGGGCGGGUUGGAUACACCAGGGGUCUCCAUGUGUGGAGGAUCCACUGGCCCUCCCGGCAACGAGGCACCCAUGCUGUGGUCGGGGUGGCGACCUCAGAAGCUCCUUUGCAUUCUGUUGGGUACACGGCAUUGGUGGGGUCGGACAGUGAGUCCUGGGGCUGGGAUCUGGGACGUAACCGGCUCUACCACGACAGUAAGAACCGGGCCCACAGCUCGCUGCCGUCUUACCCUUGUUUCCUGGAGCCGGACGAGUCAUUCACCCUGCCGGACUCUCUGCUAGUGAUUCUGGACAUGGAUGAAGGGACCCUGAGCUUCAUGGUGGACGGACAGUAUCUAGGAGUGGCGUUUAGAGGGCUGAAAGGCAAGAAGUUGUAUCCCAUCGUCAGUGCUGUGUGGGGACAUUGUGAGAUAUCCAUGAAGUACAUCAACGGCUUGGAUCCUGAGCCUCUUCCUCUAAUGGACCUGUGUCGGCGUGCAGCCCGCCUGGCCUUGGGUCGGGAGCGGCUUCAGGAGAUCGAGAGCCUCCCUCUGCCCCAGUCCCUCAAGAAUUACCUCCAAUACCAGUGACUGACACCAGCAGAGCCAACUGGGAAUACAUGGACACAAAACCAGACCACCGGAGAGUCUAAAGAUGGAUGGAUGAGAGAAAUUAAUUAAAAAGAUGCAAAAAGGGGGAUGAUGGAUGGGAGAAUGUCCACAGCUCAGCAAAAGAUGGAUUUAUACAAGAGUGGUGGAUGAACUGACAGUGGAGGUCCAGGCUUUCACACAGAGGAUAGGACAGCACCAGCUUCUCUUGGAUUCUGAGCUGCUCUUUCAUUUGUUUUGGACUUGAAAUAAAUUAUUGAUGAUGGUAUCCCAACAGCAUCUCACUCAUCCAGAAAGAAAGCCCAUCCCCUGAUGGCACGGUGUGGUUAAGUGGUGAAAGAGAUGGUAAGAUGACCGCCGCCACCUAGUGAUGAGAACGAAAACUGCGCACAGAAAGCACACUAAUCCUAUCCCUGGAGGCCUUUCUGACGUACAGUCAGUGACCAUAUCAUUGCUGUUGGAUACCAUAGUGUGUAUUCAUGGUCUCCACUGGCACAGGUGACAGGCUGCAGAGUCUAGACGUCCAAGAGGAUUUUAGCACUAAUGUUUUUAUGUGAUGACUCGGGGCCUGACCAGAAGCUCACACUGCAUACACAGUAGAAUGGAAACAUGGCUGCAGGGUGUAAGCAAAGUUUAGCACAAGAGACUUAUCUCCUGGCUUUAUGCAGGCAUUUGGUGAUUGUUAAGCCCUUUCCAGACAUGGAAUAAGUGACACCUGUCAGUUCAAGUACAGAGUUGAAAAGUAAGGAAGGAAGAAAAGUGCAUCUGUGAUAGAUUUUAAAAUUAAUUUAGCCACAAGUCUUAAUGAUUGUCAGAUUUCAUCAUUUAUUAGUAUUUUUUUUAAUUCUGUGGCCUGUUUCAUACUGUAAUGUCAAACAGUGCACACGCACAUGACAAGACGUCAUAUUUGGAUGCUUGUUUGCUUAUAUAAAGCAUUUCUCUAUGUCAUUUCAUCCAUGCAGUUAGUUUGAAUAAAACCUGAAACUGAGGGUUUAACUAUGACGGUUCAAGGUUUUUCUAACCUCUUUUGCCCCCUGCUGCAAAGGGAAAUAAAUUUUUUUUUUGGCCUGACAUUAGAAUAAUCUCAAUAAAAUCUUAAAAAUGUUAAAUGUUAAUCUUAAAAUAUUUCUCUAAAGCUUUUAUAAUUUAAUAAGUAUUCAUCAGAGUUGAAAAGAAUGUGUUUAGGUGUUAAUUAUUAAGAAUUAAACUUGUAGAUUAGGUGACGUUUGAUCGCCAAUAACAAAACAAUCCACCAAUUGUUGUCAGAUUUUAACACAAAUGUUGCUUAAUUAUGAUUGGUGGAUGGUAUGUGACAUCACAUUUUCCUCAACAAGCCCUGCCCACUUCAAACCACGACAGAAAAUCACACCGAAGAUGAAAAACACAAAUCUCUAAAUGUGAAAUAACCAAAACUGCCAUCUCUCAAAGUAAGAAGCUUAAUGAGAAAAUACUUGUAAUCUCUUUAUGUGCACACUUUGUGCUGCUGCAGCCUUUACAUUAAUGUGAUUCAAUUAAGACCUGCAGUGUGUGGGAAGUGUUGGAGUAGUGGUACCAGGUCCAGCUUAUUAAGACUGUCGUCAUGGCUUUUACACAAGGAGCUGCAUGUCUGAAAGGGGCUUCAUCACAGAAACAAAUGGGACAAAACUGCCUGCUGUUAAAAGAAGUGUUAAGUUGCACUGAGAAACAUUCCUCACAGGACACUAAGUCACGUAUUAUGAUGUCAGUCAUGACCAAAGUAUUUCAUACUAAGCCAUGGAGUGUACGAGUGUGUCUGUAGGAGCUGUAGGUCGUGGCCCGCCGCAGUUUAACUAGUGCUAACAUGCUGUUGGCAGGAAGAGGAGCCUCACCUGUUGUUUGUAGCACCCUGCUGUAGCUCACUGGUACCAGACAGUAUCUGUCUGCUGUCCGCACAACUGUCUUAAUGACCACAAACAAACAAACAAAAAAAAAACAGGACCAGAUCUAGACUCACUGGAUCCACAAUAGAAGCCUGAGCAGAACAUAGGAACAUUACUGCUAGUGCUGUGGCAUGGCAGAUAUGUUUUUGGCUCAGAGUAGGAUGCAGAUGACCAAUGCACAACCACACGCACGCGUGCACACACAUAUACACACACAUCAUGUUUUCUUUCCUAAAAAAGGCUUGAGUCACUUUUUUUUAACUUCUGAGUUUGUAUCCUGCAUUAUUAUUAUUAUUAUUAUUGUAUUAUUAUUAUUAAUAUUAUUGUGAGUGUGGAAUCUGAUUCUGAUGAUGAUAGGAUGAUGAUAAUGAUGAGGAUGAGGAUGAUGUUGAUGAUAUUUACUUAUCACAAGCUAGCUCUAUGUUUUUUAACUGAUCAGUGAUGGUUACAUUCAGGUAAAUGUAAUGCAAAAAUGCUGGUGAUGAAGGGAGAGAGAAAUCAAAACUAGUUUCUUCAAUGCUGCUUUUAUUAUUAUUAUUAUCAUUAUUUCUAUUAUUAUUAUUACUAUUGUUUUUAUUUGUGAUGGUGGUGGUCUUACCUCUGUUUCCAUCAGUUAACAUGGGGCGAAAAAGGACCAUUUCUGAAAAGUAGUAGAAUGUAUGGACACGCAGUUGAGAUGUCAACAAUGUGAAUAAAAGCCAAGUGAAUUUGAUAAA